CGCUGCCCAUAGUUGCCGUGUAGACGACAAAUAGGCAAGAAGAGGGACAGAAGCCGGAAAAACCCAAAAAAAAGAAAAAAAGAAAGAAGACGAAAAGGGGAGGAUAUGGAGAAAGAAGAGGGGACGAGGAAAGGGCCGUGGACGGAACAAGAGGACGUUCAGCUGGUAUUUUACGUGAACUUGUUCGGGGACCGACGAUGGGAUUUCAUAGCGAAAGUUUCAGGUUUGAAGGUGGCGGGAGACAGACUAUAUAGGGUUAACUGCCUGAUAACUUUGUGUGUAGGUCUGAAAAGAACAGGCAAGAGUUGCAGGUUGCGUUGGGUUAACUACCUGCACCCUGGACUCAAAAGGGGCAAGAUGACCCCUCAUGAAGAGCGCCUUGUUCUUGAGCUUCACUCCAAAUGGGGCAACAGAUGGUCAAGAAUUGCUCGGAAAUUACCCGGUCGCACCGACAAUGAAAUCAAGAACUACUGGAGGACCCAUAUGAGGAAAAAGGCUCAAGAGAGGAAAAAAACUAGUAUUAUUUCUCCAACGUCGCCCUCAUCCUCGUCCUCCUCCAACUCCAAUAGCCCUGCCGUGGGAUUCGAGCCCAUGAUUGAAACCGAGGGGCGAAGUUUUUACGACACGGGUGGGGUGGAUAUUGCUACCGGACAAAACAACAGCGGAGUGGAGAUAGAAGGAAGCGCCGAGGUUUAUUCCAUGGAUGAAAUAUGGAAGGACAUAGAGUUGUCUGAGGAAAGUAGCAAUUUGAGAAGCCAAGGAGUGAUGAGCAGUAGUACCCCUCCUAUAUGGGAUUUUUGGGCAGCUGACUCACUGUGGUCCAUGGAUGGUCAAGAUGCUGCGAGCAAGAUGGAUUCUUUCCCUUUUUACUACAAUCAUCUGACUGGCUAACUAGAAAGUUCAUUCAUUUAAAAGGAAGACAAGAAUUUGUUCAUACAACUUAGCCUCUAUAUAUAUGUCUUAAGGAAUAUUAAUGUCCCAAGUUCUAACUCUUUUUUGUAUAGAUUUAGGGUUUUCUGCAGCACGUACGUAGUCGUCAAGUACUUUGUCAUCAAGUCGUUGUAAUAAUUAUGGUUCGAGUACUGAGUAGUUUAAUUUGUUAGUA